AUGACCACAUCAAGCAUCCUCACCCCACUCAAAGAUCUCAAAGUUGCCAAACAUCACAUCCCUGCACAUGGCUUGACGCCAAACACAUCCAUCCAGAACAAACCUCUGCUACUGUAUCGAAAUGCAUUCAAGGCAAAGACGAGUGCCAGCCAAAUCGAAGAACACUUGAGUAAGGUGGGCGUGGUGGAUCCCGCAUGGAGAUACACUAUGUACUCGACCUCCCACUUCCACAGCACCUCCCACGAAGUUCUCGCCAUCUGCCACGGAGAAGCCAAACUAUGUUUCGGCCAUGAAGACAACCCGGACCGUGUAGAGGAAACGCUCAAGCAAGGUGAUGUUGUUGUUGUGCCUGCAGGGGUUGCUCACAGGUUGUUGGAAGACAUCAAAGGAGGCUUCGAGAUGGUAGGAUCGUAUCCGAGAGGAUUGAGCUGGGACAUGUGUUAUGGAAAAAAGGGAGAGGAAAGCAAGAUUAAGGGGAUUGAGAAGUUGGGAUGGUUUGAGAAGGAUCCGGUGUAUGGUGAAGGGGGACCUGCGAGUGAGGUCUGA